AUGGUUAGUAAUCUAUCAGUAUCAAACAUUGGUGAUUUAACAAUUUGAUCUGGAGAAGAUUUUCCAAAUUUACCCUCCUUCAAAUAUCAUCAGAUACCUCCACUGUAUACUGAUCCAAGAUUUCCGAAGUUUGACCAAUCAUAUACGUCAGGUAAGCUUAUGCAUUAAAGUUGUCUUUUCAUGCAAGUGCUGAGUGACAACCAAAGGUUAUCUUUUUAUCAUCACAAGAGGUUGUGACGGCUGGGACAACUUUGACAGCUGUCAAUACCUUAGGUACAGGAAGCUUUUGCGGGAGACUCCAGAAGUACUAAAACAUGCAUGAAAUUAUUACCCUUCAGUUAGGGCAAAAGAGUAAUUAUCUUGCUACUCAUUUCUGGAAUACUCAGGUAAUACAACAUUUUCUCCGAAACCUUCAAUAUUUACUGAUUGGUCUUUAGGAAUCAUACUUUACAUAUUCGGCAGAUCAAGAAUCUUUAGUUGAUCAUGAUAUUCAUUUCAGACCUGGUAUUGGAGCUGAUGGUACUGAGACCUUUACUCCAAGAACUUUAAUUUAUGAUCUGAAGGGAGGGUUUGGUUCUCUGAGAAAGAUUAAUGCUUUAUAUCAAAUAGAUGAGCCAGUUAUUACUGAUGGAUUAUGGUGAGUAGUUCAAUAUCAUCAAAGUCAAUUAUUCAGCUGACUCUAACCUCUCGUCAGGAACGGUCCAGCUGUAGUUCAACGGCAAGCGGCUAUUCAACAAAGUCCAUACCAACAAAGUUUGGAAGAAGGUCUCGAACCACCAAAGCUCACCUCCGAAUUAGUGCGAUAUUGGUCCGACUUCAAUCGCGUUUACUAUCAUCCAAGAUCAAUAGUUCAACUUAAUGAGUAUGAACUAAAUUCUUCACUAAUGCCAUUCGAAAAUUGGGAUGCUGGUGAAGAAUUAUUUAGCUCUUUAGAUAAAGAGCAUGAUUUACUGGAUCGUGAUCUUCGACCUUUUGCUGAAGAAGCUGAUCAUAUGCAAGGCAUACAAAUAAUGGGAGGUAUUGAUGAUGCUUGGGGUGGAUUUGCUGCUCGAUACAUGGAUCGUUUGAGAGAUGAGUAUGGUAAGACCACUGUAUGGUUCUGGGGAUUGGAGGAUAACAUCAGAGGAACCCCUCGAGUAAGUUGUAUUGAACCAAGGUGGAGUUUAUACCUGUACUAAUAUCCACAGGAAAAACGCCUUUUAAAGUUGUCGAACACGGCUAAAUCGGUGUCAGAAAUCAUCCCACAAACAUCACUUUUCAUUCCAAUGACCCUGCCAUCAACACGUUUGCCAGGUUACAUCAAAUUGGACGCAAGUUCUCCAUGGGAAGUUUCUGGCUUGUUUUCUUCCGCUAUGGAAAGCAUGACGCUACCUUCAAGGUUAAAGCCGCAAAAUGGUACAAGGCAAACAUUGGACCACUUAGCAAGCACAUUAAAUGUCAAUGGAAGGCAGAAUAUUGCGAAAUUGCGGAUGACUAUGAAGCAAAAUUCCGAGACAGUAAUUAAUGAUACUAUUCACGCGGGAACGAACGGACAUUACAACACCACAGAUACGAGGAUUAGUUCGGCAGCAAUUUCAAGUCGUGGUGAGGAUAUGCCUGCGGAAAAUGAUACUGCCAGUUUUGAUAUGGAUUUCUUUCCUACAGAAACAGGGGAGCAAAUUCGUGGUCCACGGAAGUCCGGGAAGGUUCACGUAUUUGGUCAAGUUGAGAAUUAUAGAGGAGAUGAAGAAUACGAUGAAGAAAACAACAGAAAUGAUGAAGGCCGUGAUCGGGCUCGCAGAAUUGCUGCUAGCCUUCCGUUGCUUUCAAGGUUAGUAAUCCUCUUGAUCCUCUCUACUUUGCUUAUGUAUUCUCGUAGGACAUAUACACCAUUAUCAUUUCCCCUUCUCGAUAGCUUUCCAGGUAUUUUCGCUCGUGAAGAUGUGCAUAUCACGAAUCUAUCAAUCAGUACAUCUCUUUCUACAGAUACAUCUGUGGCUAUAAGAAUUAAAAGCCUUCAGCAGAUAGUAAACCGAGCGAUUGGAAUGGAUGAACGAGAAGCACUCAGUAAUUCGCUAGGCGAAAUUGCCGAAUCAUAUGAAGAAGGUUGGGAAAGUGAUACCGACGACGAUGAUGAUUAGCGGAGAUGCAGGUAGAUACGGAUAAGGUCAAGAUAGCUUAAGUUCAUUACCACCCUAAGCCACUUAAAUUUUACAUCAUGAAAACUACCUGGAUUACUUCCCGAUAUUUGGGUGAGUCUGUACAACCCAGUGAUAUUCAUUCAUACGGAUUUUCAUCAGCUCACAUGUCGACAAGGAAAAUUAACGACUCAAAAGGUUGGGUGGCAUGUGCUGGUCACGGUUCGAGGCCUAUUUACGACCCAACUUAGACCUAGCAACAACAACAACAACAACAACAACAACAACAACAACAACAACAACAACAACAACAACAACAACAACAACAAGGGCGACAGGACACAUCGAAGCGCAAGCGAAAUUUUUUUACCAACGGAAAGUUCAUCGUCGCACAAUGUUCCAUGUUCGCCAACAUCGUUUCCACCUUUUUUAUUAUCUUCUUUGUUGGAUCACCGAUGCAUCUCCCACGCAAAUUAGAUGUACUUCACUUAAGUACCUCAAUUGAAUCAUAUUCCAACAUAACCUGAUUUAUCUCUUGGACCACACCCCGCCUCUGUUGUGCAUGUUACAAAUUUUCAGCCCAUCGCAAUUUCGAUCCUAGUAAAGAAUUUUUUCCCCGCGUUCGCGAGUAGAUUCCGAAUGCGUCUUACAAUCAAAUACGAGCAAGCAAAGAAGGCCUUUGAUCUCGAGUCUUUGAAAAGGGAAAUUCGGUACCCUUCGCAGAAGUUCAUCUUGCCCGGAAGAAACGGAAGUCAAAAUACUUCCUAUGCAGGGGAGAAUCACUCGUCAGAAUAUGUACAUUGUAUAGGUACAAAAUUAUUGUAUCACCCGGCUGGCUCGUACAAGAGGUACCGGAGAAAAUAGACACCACGUUUUUC